CACGCCCGCCCGGCGCUUCGCACCCCGCGCUGAGGGCGGAGGGUCGGGCCCGGCCGGGCCCCGGCAUGGCUGCCAAGGAGAGGCCGAAAGCCAGGCUCACCAAGGACAGCGUCACCCUGCUGCCCUGCUUCUAUUUCGUGGAGUUGCCUAUAUUGGCAUCGUCGGUUGUUAGCCUCUAUUUCCUUGAACUUACGGAUGUCUUCAAGCCAGUGCACUCUGGAUUCAGCUGUUAUGACAAAAGUCUUAGUAUGCCCUACAUUGAACCUACCCAGGAGGCAAUCCCAUUCCUCAUGUUGCUCAGCUUGGCAUUUGCUGGACCUGCAAUCACGAUAAUGGUAGGAGAAGGAAUUCUGUACUGUUGCCUGUCCAAAAGAAGAAAUGGGAUUGGAGUGGAGCCCAAUAUUAAUGCAGGAGGCUGUAACUUCAACUCUUUCCUUAGAAGAGCCGUCAGAUUUGUUGGUGUGCAUGUGUUUGGACUCUGCUCUACAGCCCUUAUUACAGAUAUCCUACAGUUGUCAACAGGGUAUCAGGCACCUUACUUCCUGACCGUGUGUAAACCCAACUACACAUCUUUGAACGUAUCCUGCAAAGAAAACUCCUACAUUGUGGAAGAUAUUUGUUCAGGAUCUGACCCCACAGUCAUCAACAGUGGAAGAAAGUCAUUUCCUUCUCAACAUGCUACCCUAGCAGCCUUUGCAGCCGUGUAUAUUUCGAUGUAUUUCAAUUCUACGUUAACUGAUUCUUCUAAACUCCUGAAACCUCUUCUGGUAUUUGCAUUUAUCAUCUGCGGAAUCAUCUGUGGUCUGACACGAAUCACCCAGUACAAGAACCAUCCAGUUGAUGUCUAUUGUGGUUUUUUAAUUGGAGGAGGAAUUGCUCUUUAUUUGGGCCUGUAUGCUGUGGGCAACUUUUUGCCCAGUGACGAGAGUAUGGGUCAUCACGGUCAGCACAGAGAAGCUCUGAUGUCCCUGCCUGACCUAAACCAGGACCCCAGCAGAAUUUUACCUGGCAAGAGUGUCAGCGGCGGUGACGGGCUCGUCCACCCAGAAGCCAUGCUGAACCGGAACCCCAGAGACGCCAGCUCCUUGACCAACCUCAAACGAGCGAAUGCCGACGUGGAGAUCAUCACACCCCGGAGUCCCAUGGGUAAAGAGAACAUGGUUACCUUUAGCAACACGCUGCCCCGAGCCAAUACUCCCUCCGUGGAGGAUCCGGUUAGACGAAACGCAACCAUCCAUGCGUCCAUGGACUCCGCCCGGUCGAAGCAGCUGCUCACUCAGUGGAAGAGCAAGAACGAGAGCCGGAAGUUGUCCCUGCAGGUAAUAGAGACGGAGCCCAGUCAGUCCCCGCCACGAUCUAUAGAAAUGAGGUCAAGCUCUGAACCAUCCCGGGUAGGGGUAAAUGGAGACCACCACGGCCCCAGCAACCAGUACCUAAAAAUCCAGCCAGGGACGGUACCGGGCUGUAAUAACAGCAUCCCUGGAGGACCCAGGGUUUCCAUUCAGUCCCGUCCCGGUUCUUCCCAGCUCGUGCACAUCCCUGAAGAGACGCAGGAGAACAUAACCUCCUCUCCGAAAAGCAGUUCGGCCAGGUCCAAGUGGCUGAAGGCUGCAGAGAAGAGUGUGGCCUGUAGCCGAAGCAACAGCCAGCCACGGAUCAUGCAGGUCAUCGCCAUGUCCAAGCAGCAAGGGGUGCUUCAGAGCAGCCCCAAGAAUUCCGAGGGCAGCACGGUGACCUGCACCGGAUCCAUCCGGUACAAAGCCCUGACCGACCACGAACCCGGUGGCAUCGUGAGGGUUGAGGCCCACCCAGAGAACAACAGGCCCAUCAUCCAGAUCCCGUCCUCAGAAGGCGAAGGCAGUGGCUCCUGGAAAUGGAAGGCCCCCGACAAAGGCAGUCUACGCCAGACCUAUGAGCUGAAUGAUCUGAACCGCGAUUCUGAGAGCUGUGAGUCCCUGAAAGACAGCUUUGGGUCUGGGGACCGGAAAAGAAGCAACAUAGAUAACAACGAGCAUCACCACCAUGGCAUUACCACCAUCAGGGUCACGCCCGUGGAGGGAAGCGAAAUCGGGUCAGAGACGCUGUCCAUCUCAUCCAGCCGUGACUCCACCCUCCGGAGGAAAGGAAACAUCAUCUUGAUCCCUGAGAGGGGCAACAGUCCAGAGAACACCAGGAAUAUCUUCUACAAAGGCACCUCCCCUACGAGGGCCUUCAAAGAUUGAACCCUGGCGAACUCCGUGGGUAGGCCUGCCCCAGAAAGAUCACGCAUCGAUACCGCUCGCGCUCUGUUUUUGAGCCGAUGCCCAAGUCUUCUCGAUGUGCCGGAGGACUGACCUACUGUUGGGAGCGUCGCUGGUGUGUGGUGUGCAUGAGCUUGUGGAUUUCACGUCAAGGCAGGGUAACAAAGCACAACGCAAGAACCUAACUAAUGUGAAGAGCUUUCCUACGGCCCAUUUUCAUCAGAUUCAAAAUGUCACGCUGAGGGUGAUGUCAGACACUUUGUUUCCUGAAUGUGCCAACUUUUUUAUUUUAUGUAUUUUCACUUUGGGGAACUAGGUGUUGUUUUCCCCACAGCAGAGGCUCUUUCAGCAGUGUAUACUCUGCAGAUUCUGCACCUAAAGUUCAAUACAAGAUGGUGCUGGCUACAGCAGCCCAAAUUUGCCCAUGUAAACUCUAUACAUCUGACCAGUUUCCAGUCCGUUCUUUUUCAAAGUAAAGCUACUUCAUCAUCAAGAUACUAGCUGCAUUGAUAUAGAAUAGGAAAUUCUUGCACCUUUUGAUGUAAUGGAUCUGUCACAUUAAAAGAUUGGGAAAAUUUUGUGUAGUUCUUUUGGAAUCCUGCUUUUGGGGAAAAUCAUUAAUAACUCAGAGGUGAUAUGCUAUUGGAAUGGAAUAAAUACUAUUUCCUGUAGUUUGCUGCUGCAGAACUUUAUUUAUGUUCAGGUACCACUAAUGAAGAAGCUGUUUCUUCAGGGGUAAGCUUGUAUAAUUGUUUUAAAUAUUGUUUUUGUUUUCAAGAGGUCUUUCAACUGGUGUGAUCUCUUUUGGCAUUUCUGUGGCUUCCCAGUCAUUGUCUUUUUAACUCCUUUCUAUAUCUCUUGUGAAAACUAAGAGACCGUUGACAUUGCCAUCAGAGAAUACACUGAUGUGAAGAUGGAAACCGUGAAAAUUGAAGCAAAACCUGCCACUGUCAACUCAGGUGCCAGCAACUGAAUUAAUAGUGACUAGUUCACACUUGGAAGUCACCAUCCCACCUGCUUAGCUUGACAACCGAUCCCCACAAGCAUUCACCUGCUCACGCCAUUUGGUUCCAGUUCUUUGUACUGGGUAUAAAAUUGGGGUGGGGAGAGGGAGGCUUUAUAUUAUAUGAUUCCCUCCAUGGGGACCUAUCUUAUGCCACAGUUGUGCCACUCCUGAAAUGUGAUUUUAGGUUAGGCUAUAUGGAAAACUCAAAUGUAUUUUUAGGGGAAAAAUAUUCAUAUUAGAUACUCUGAAUUUAUUUAGCACUUUCCUUCUGAAGAACUGAAAGCACUUUCACAUUAUUCAUUUUAUACAUAUAAACACCUCCCCAGGAGGUGGGGAGAAGCAAAUGUUAUUUUCCCAACUUUACAGAUAGAGAAAUGGUGUCCCAGAGAGGUUAGGUGGUUGACCUAAAAUCACCCAGUCAACAACAGAGCUAGAACUAGAUCGUGGUUCACCUGCAUCUUCCCUCCUUACUAGCAUCUCACAACAACCUACUUGCUUCUGAUUUGUGUUUCUGAGGAUUGCUUAUGUCCAAACUGCCUACACAAAUCCAGUCGUGGCACUAUAUGCUACCAAAAGCAAAGCUGCGAUUCUCACUCAAGGAAAAUUUGAUCAUCAGGACAAAAGGGAGAGUCGUUUUUAAAAAGUUUCCCCUGGGCUUUUAUAAAAAGUAUGAAUGGCCAUCUAUAAGGUUCUAUUAUUGGACACCAAAAUUUUUUAACACAUUUCCAGGGAUGGCAGACACAGGUGUUCUGUGCUCAUCUUAGACAAAUAGAAAAAAUUUGGACUAGUUCAAUUCCUGGGUUGAGGGUAGAAUUAGCUUUGUGCUCUAACGCCAUCCUUCUUGGAUUCUAAAUUAAAAGGGAGGAACCUUAAAUAGAAUGGCCUCAAUUCACUGGAUUAGGAUGCUACGAUGAAACAAUCACACAGAAUUGGAAACCAUGGCAAUAAAACAAAGACAAAACAAUGCUGAAAGCAGUUUACUUUUUUGUAUAGGAGGUGAGGUGGAAGGUGGCUUAAUUCCCCCUUGGCCUUGGGCAGAAGGUGGGUUGAUUUUAGUACUCCAAAAAAUUGGCUGCAUCAUUUCAGGUGCAGUAUGAUAUUUCCUAAGCUUUCCUAUUUCUUAACAAAGGAUUUUAAAGCACUUAUGUAGUCAUUGGAGUUGUUUUCUUCACAUAAAUAUUGAUAUAUUCUUUUUUACUCAAAAGUGCCAAAGGCAAAAGUUUUUAAUAGUGACAACAAAUUAUAUAACAUUAUAAAGCAAAUGUAAUACGAUAUUCACUAGAGCUCAGACCUCUGCAUGUAUAUUUGAUAAGAAAUCUUUUGUAAAGAAAAUGAACCUUUGUUUACAUUCCACUGGUACCUUAAUUUAAAAGCAAGUCAAACUAACAGGUGGCAUCUCUUCUUAGUGUUCAAAUUUGUCUUACUUGCUAAAGGAGGCACUUCUUUAUUUGUUAGGCUGUGCUUUAUUGAGAAAAAUCAAGUAUUGGAUACAGAAAAUGAAUUAUGUUUUUAAUGAAAUAUAUAUAUAUAUAUAAAGUAUUGUGUUUAAUAAAAUGUAAUGCAAUGUUUUCCAAACAAAAAAUUUGUAAACUGCUAUAAAUGUAUUUUGUUAAAUAAGUACAGAUAAAUG